ACCAAGCGGGUCCCUCCUUGCGCGCCGCUCAGUAGCGGGGAAUGCGCACGCGAGGUGGAGGUGUGGGCGUCAGGUAUUGGGCACUGAUGUUCACCUAACGUUAUCUUACGAAGGGUUAUGGUGGCAGGUAUUUUUACAGGGGCACGCACGCACGCGUCACGGGCUGGUAUUAAUUCAGGGUUGUUCCUUAAAGCGCUCACCACGCACGAAUAAUCGAAGCGAGACACGUUUUUGUUGCGCGGUUGUUGGAGGGCGCGCAAUCGAACGCAGGUGAGCACUUCGGUGCACACGCACCUGUGCCUGUCAACAAGGUGGACAACUUAGACCAUGGACAUUUGAUGCGUUCUGCGCGCUCGCGGAUGGGACAAUGACAACGUCAAAUAUCACACCGCUGGUCUGCCUCUUCCUGCUGCUCCACCAGCCUCACCACCGGCAUGUCCACGCCAAGCCAUCGGACGGCAUGAAGGCUUGGGAGAAGUUCAGCUCGGGUUCCACCACGUCCCCUCCAGCCGACGAGGUGCGAUUCCCCGAGGGCUUUUCGUGGUCCGUGGGCACGGCCGCCUACCAGGUGGAGGGCGCCUGGGACGCGGAUGGCAAAGCCGCCUCCAUCUGGGACAAGUUCACCCACGGGCACCCAGAGAUGUUCGAUGGCUCCAGCGGGGACGUGGCGAGCGACGGCUACCACCACGCGGAAGAGGACGUGGAAGCGUUGCGUUGGCUCGGCGUGAGCCACUACAAAUUCUCCAUCUCGUGGCCUCGGCUCCUGCCCAACGCCUCGGCGUCAGAGCCCAGUGCGGCAGGGCUGCGCUUCUACAACGAGACCAUCGACCUGCUGGUGCGCGCAGGGAUCCGUCCCGUGGUCACCCUCUACCACUGGGACCUUCCGCAAGCCCUACAGGAGCGCCACGGCGGGUGGCUGAGCGAGGCUACGGUGGACGCGUUCGCGGAGUACGCAGAGUUCUGCUUCCGAGCGUUCGGGGACCGCGUACGCACCUGGUUCACGGUUCACAACCCGUACGCGGUGGCGUGGCACGGCUACGGGAGCGGCGCGCACGCGCCCGGGAUCAGAGACCCCGGCAUCUCUCCCUACGUGGUGGCUCACAAUCUCAUCAAGGCGCACGCCCGUGCCUACCGCAUCUACCAGCGCCACUUCAAGCCGACGCAGGGCGGCGAGGUGUCGCUGGUGCUCGGCUCGCACUGGGUGGAGCCGCGAGGAGGCAGCCACAGCCCCAACGCUGCCGCCGGCCACGGUGGAACCAGCGCAUCCAAUAUCGUCGCGUGCCAGCGCUCGCUCGACUCGGCGCUGGGCUGGUUCGCGCGGCCCAUCUUCCAUGACGGCGACUACCCGGCCAGCAUGCGCAACGAGCUGGGCGCGCGUCUGCCCACGUUCAGUCUGUCCGAGCGGGACGAGGUGCGCGGCUCGGCCGACUUCUUCGCACUCGCGUUCGGCCCCACCAACUUCGAGCGGCUGGAGGUGGCACGGCGCGCCGGGCAGGAGGCGGCGUUGCGUCUGAGGCCCCUGCUCAGCUGGGUGUCACUCGAGUACGACCGGCCGCGCAUCAUGCUCGCCGAGAGCGGGUGGUUCUCGGAUGGCGAUGGGGGCACGCGUGACACCGCCAACAUGUACAUGCUCAAGAGCUUCCUGAACGACGCCCUGCGAGCCGUGCGCGAGGACGGGGUGAGGCUUGAAGGCUUCACAGCCUGGUCGCUGCUCGACGGCUUCGAGUGGGGCCACGGCUUCCGGCUGCGGCGCGGCCUGAUGCACGUCGAUUUCACGUCGCCCGGACGCGCACGCCGGCCCAAAUCGUCGGCACAGCUCUACCGCCAGGUCAUCGCCCGCAACGGCUUCCCCGAGCCCGAGCCGCCCCUGUACGGCACGUUCCCCAGCACCUUCUCCUGGGGAGUGACGGAGGGCAUCGUUGAGGUGGAGGAGUCCCCUUCGUCGGUGCAGUUUGCCGACACGAGCGUCUACCGAUGGGACGUCCACCACUCGGGGAAACUGCUGCAGCUGCCGGGCCUCAAGAUGCAACCGCGUCUGUCGCAGUGUACCGACUUCACAAGCAUCAGGAACACCGUGAGCCUACUGCGGCGCUCCGGCGUCACAGCGUACCGCUUCUCGCUCAGCUGGUCUCUGCUGCUGCCCUCAGGCGACCCCGGGAGGCCCAACCACGCCGCACUGCGCUACUACCGCUGCCUCGCCACCGAGCUGCGGCAACACGCCAUCGAGCCAGUGGUUACGCUGUACCACCCAUCGCACCGCCACGUGGGCCUCCCCCAGGUCCUGAAUGACGCCGGCGGCUGGCUCAAUGUCUCCGCGGUGGAGGCGUUUGCGGCGUAUGCGCGCCUCUGCUUCGGCGAGCUGGGCGGUGCCGUGCGCACAUGGCUGACGAUCAACGAGCCGAGCGCGGCCGCUCACGCCGAGGGCAGCCCUGGCUCCGCCUAUGCCAGGGCUCACAACCUGAUCCGGGCACACGCUCGGGCCUGGCGGGUCUACGACGUGGAGUUCCGUGCAGAGCAGGGCGGCCAAGUGUCCCUGGCACUGCGGGCCGACUGGUACCAGGCGGCCGACCUGUUCGCGGGCGAGGACGCCGCCGCCACUGCCGAGCGCGCCAUGCUGUUCGACCUGGGCUGGUUCGCGGAGCCGAUUUUCGGCACGGGGGAUUACCCGCAGGAGGUGCGCUCUUGGAUCGCGCAUCGCAGGCAGCUCAACCUCACAGAGUCACGGGUGCCGAGCUUCACGGAAGAGGAGAAGGCGGCCGUGCGGGGAGCAUACGACUUCAUCGCACUCAACCACUUCACCACGAGGCUGGUGCUGCACGAUGAGAAGCCAGGCUCGAGCCAAGAACUCGACCGCGCCGUGAACAUCAUCAAGGACAUGACAUGGUUGCGGUCGGCGGGCGGGCUGGCAGUGGCGCCGUGGGGGCUGCGCGCGAUGCUGGGCUGGGUGGCGCGGCGCUACGGAUCCAGGGGCGCCGCCAUCCUCGUCACAGCCAACGGUGUGGACGACCGGGCCCCCUCGAACGACCGCUUGAGGGUGCUCUACCACCAGCGCUACAUCAACGAGAUGCUCAAGGCGUACCGGCUGGACGGGGUGCGCGUGGGCGGCUACUUCGCGUGGACACUUCGCGACAAGGUGGCCCCGCUCUCCGGACUCUACGCCUCCCCGUACUACGACACGGCUGCCAAGGCCUCGCUGGGGCGGUACCGUGCCACCAUCGCCGCCAACGGCUUCCCGGAACCGGCGGGGGUCAGCGACAUUGGCGACGACGAUGGGGCGACCUCGCCCGGCGGGACGCCCCAAGCUGGCACCUUGUGCCCGGCGUGCUUGUUCUUCCGAGCGAAGGGGCACGUGGUGUUCUUCUCGAGCUGCCUGCUUUCCAGCGCGCUGCUGCUCGUCAUCUUCUGCGUCUACCGACGCAAGCGACGGAAACUCUACCCGUCGCUCAAGCGAAAGGAGAACUCCUACUGUGCUUAGUUGAUCAACGGCGUUGUAGAAGAGCGGGGAAGGAGAGCUCACGUGUGGAUAAUAUGAAACAAAUAUCACUGCUGUGCUGUAGAACAGUUACAAUUUAUUUAAGAGAUUAUCGACAAAAGUUCUUAAAAUUUUAUUCUGUUUGAAUGUGUUAAGCUCAGGGUGAUACAGUACUAAGGAAAUAAUUGCUAUUUGUAACGAUUCACUCACCGCCUCGUCCCAGCUUGGUGAGAAUUGUUAUAAUUUGGGAUUGCGGUUCGAUCGAAAAACUUCUUAUUUUCGGUGUAAUUUUUACUGUGUUGUUCCUAUAAUUUAUUUUUUAAUCUUACGUGUCAAGUUUUUAUCUCGCUCAAUUAGCCUAAAUGUAAUGUGAAUAUAUCAUCCGCACAUAAUUUGCCCUUAAUGUGUAAAUGAUAAUUUCUUACACACACAAUUCGAUGCCCGUAUCGUGAGCACACAAAUUGGUUCACGUUGACCAAGCAACGGGUCGUUACAUGCUUAAUCAGUACGCAGGGUUUCAACAUUGUGUUCGGUGAAUGCUACACGUGCUUUGUAAAAAAAAGACUGAUAAAACUAGCACAAGUGACACAGGUAAUUGACAUAAAACGCACACAUUGUUCACGCAGUCACCACUCGUGGGACUUUCAUUGCUGGGAGCUCAAGUCCACAUAUCGACUUGGCCCAUCACCCCACCAGGGUCAGUACACUAAGCAUCACCUCUGGUGCCUCUGGCUAUAUCAUAUGGACGGACCCGUGCCCAUCAUCAUCAUCAUCACAAUCCAUGGGUAGAUAGCCCGUUGGUGUCCACUGCACAUUUCGUCAUGAUGGGCCACUGAACGAAAUGUGUAGUGGCCCAUCGCAGGGAUGUGAACCUUCCAUCCAUUUCUCAGAAGUGCCAAUUGAGAUAAGUACCGCCUAGCACUCGUUCGAGCACAGAAACACUUUAGACUCUUGGUUCUAUUUUUUUUAAGUUAUAUAUUUGUCAUUUGUGUUCUGUAUUUAUAUUUCAUUUUCGAGUGUGCUGUGUUAAGGGAGUACAAGACCAGCACUGCUUGUUAGUUGGAACACUCAAGUGAGCGUUAUGUCCUCCAUUCUAACAACUUUUAAUUACAUAUGUUUGACAAUACUAGCUUAAUAAGAGAUACUUAUUUAAUAUUAUAAGUCGUGAGCGGCUCACGGAUGUAUUGAUUUUACAAAGGGCUGCCUGGGGACACUCCUAAAGCAACAAGUGACACACUCUCGCUAUUGAUUAAUAUUCUUCACGAGUAACGUUGGCUGCAUUAAGAAAAAACUGUUAUCCAUAAAUAGUUUAACACGUAGCAGGCUUUCGCGACCAAUAUUAUUCAUAAUAAACGUUUUUGGGUUA